GCCAUGAAGACCCAAGGUGGUUCACCAUCGUCACCCUCCCGCAGGCGGAAGUCUCGCUUCACCUUACGAAGCAGAAAGAAGAAAGAUGGUGUUGUUCAAGGCAAGCUUCGUAUCCGCUCCAUGCCAGGAGCCUUCCUGGUGCUGGGGGUGAUUGUGGUGGUUGUUGGCACUGCUCUGGCUGUGGCAGGAUACUGGCCAUACCGGAUAUCAAGGUCAUCUAUCCUGGGAGCCGCUGGGGGGGAGUCACAGCCUGCAGGCUGGAGUCUUGGUGCCAAGGGCCUUCUGUCCACAGCCAGCCUCAUCCAUAGUGAGCGGAUGAAGCUGCUCGGUCCCGUUAUCAUGGGGGUCGGACUCUUCAUCCUCAUCUGUGCCAAUACAGUCCUGUACGAGAACAGGGACAGAGAGACUCAGAUGCUGCUGGCUCAGAUGCGCAGUGUUAUCUGCUCUGUGUCUGCUGCUGUGCCCUCAGCGGACCUUAAAGAAAUAGCAGUAGCCAACUCCAUGGCCAAACACUACCAGUGGGUGAGCAGUCUGCCAGCUGCCCACCUCAACAUACUUUGUCUGCAGCAGCUGACCUGCUCUGAGCCCCUGCUGCAGACCAGACAGCAGGAGGACAGUGUGGAGGGCAUCUACCAACAAGCUGUCGUCCAGACAGAGGCCCUGCAUCACCAGGAGUCAGAGGUUCCACCUUCCAACCACACUAACUCAUGUAACUCCAUCCACACCAACUCAUGUAACUCCAGUCAGACAGACUUUAACACACAGUCUGGUGCUGAGCACGGGGGCAGUGCCAGCUUCAACCCCCAGCCUGCCCCACUCAUCAAUCACAAUAACUGCCUGGUGUCUGCCAGCUCUAUGUCCACCUUGGAGGUGGAUGAGGUGGACAUCCCAGCUGCUCAGCCAAGGCGCUGCCACAGUAUGAGCUACAGGACUAAACCUUACGUAGCCCAAACUUCAGUGUGUCUGGAGGAAGGCUUCCACAUUCCCAGACAGGAGGGUCAAACAAAUCAAUCAGCAGUCUCAAGGAGAGAGCCUGGUUCACAGGUCUGUGUGAACAUUCCUGGGCAGGUUGUGGAUGCAGCGGAGGAGCAGACACAUCGAAGCUGGCCUCGGCUAGACCUGGGCAGCGGGAGACGGUACCUGAAACUGGAGAACAAAGAGGACUCAGUGGACAAACUGCUGGACCGGUUAGAGCAGCAGUGUUCUCAGUGGGAUAAGAGUUUUGGCUCGGGGCCUUUCCAGUGACGGCUGCUUCAGCUUCACAGUCCCGAGGAUACUCCUGGAUACAGACACAAUGACAACCAAGGAGUAAUGAUACUUCCCCUGGAUUCUAUAACGGCACUAUGUUUUUGGUUUUAAAUUCAGUUUGUCUUCCAGAAACCGAUCCUCGAACCAUUUGGAGCUACAGUAUUUCUCUGCAAGGAUCUUUCAAAACUUGAGCCUGUUCUCAAUCUUCAGUGGAAUACUGAUACACAGUGGUUAUGCUCUUUGCUCGGGUGGAUUUGGCAGAUGUUUUAUAUAAUUGAAGGA